AUGUUGCUACGGAAAGUAUUGGUGCUAGCAGUUGUAGUGGUGGCGGUGAGCGCCCAGCUUGGCGAAUACGACGAGCACGGCCAAGCAGGCCAUCUUGGAUACGCGGAUGGGCCGAUCGGUGGCCUCGCCGACCACGGGGUAGCUCAGGACCAUCACAAAGGACAUCACUGGAGCAAGGGAGGUGGGGAAUCCCACAAGGGACACCAUCACGAGUCACAUGGCAGCAAAGGUGGCAAGGGACACAAAGAACACCAUGGUUACCAUCACGGAAAGAAAGGUCACCACGACAAAGACCAUCACGCAGGAGGCUAUGCUGACCACGGAGGCCACAAACACAAGCACCACGAUGAGGGAGGAUAUCAUGCCGAGCACCAUAAAGGCGAGCAUGGUCAUCAUGGUCACAAAUACGAGGAGCACGGCAAGUUCGGUAAAGGACACAGCACAAAAGGAGAACAUGUCGUACACAAGUUGGACGAGUACAAAAAGAAGAAAGAAUUUUACGACGAAGACCAUGAUGAACACCAUCACCACAAGCACGGAGGACACCACGAGGAUCACGCUCACAAGAAGGGAGGGCACCACAAGAAGGGACAUCACCACGCAGGGCACUCUGAGGACCACAAAGGCAAGAAAGGCCACGAACACCAUGGACAUCAUCACCACCAACACGCUGGGCACAAGAAGGAAGAUGGGCAUUCGGAGAAGUAUGGACAUCACCAUGAGCACGGAAAGAAGGGAGCCAAAGAAGACCACAAGAAGUGGGGAUUCAGCCACCACGGCAAGGGCCACCACUGA